AUGUCUGUACACAGAUAUACUAAUAUAAGAGAUAUAGAUAGUUCUGAACUUCGAGGUCGUGGUCGCGGUCGUCCAACUAUAACAUUUGGCGGAAGUAGUGAGCGUUCAAAACGACGAAAAUGUGAACUUCUAUAUAAGAAAUCAAGUUUAAAUGAACUUACUGAGACAACUGCAUAUGCAUUAAGGAAAAAAGGAAAUAAAGAUACAGCAAAAUUAGUAAAAGAAGCAACAAACACUACUCCAACAGGAAGAAGGAAAAUUCGUGGUAUGGUGUUUGGAUUAAAAAUAAAAAUAAAUUAA